GGGAGGUGAGGUGGGAUGGCCGUGUCGUACUGAAUCGAGGAAGGUUCUCAAAUUAUGCUACGUGCUGCUUUGUUGGUGUUAUGGUGUUGAUUUGUAAUGGUAUUCUCAAAUCAUGACGAUGAAACACUACAAAUUGAUAGUGCACGAGAGGUCUUUCAGCCCCGAGGACUUGAUCAUAAAUCCAAGAGACUGUCCGUCAUUUAAAAAAGGUGACAUUGUAGAGAUUUAUCACCCUGAAGAUGAGUUCAGUCGAUUGCUUCUUCAAGUUACAACAUUCAAGGAAGAUCUUCAAGGAAAAGAAACAAUCAGUGUGGAGUCAAGUAUUGCCAUAGCAUUUCAACUUCGUAAAUAUGUCGAUGUAUGUAUGCGGAUUGUUGAGCCAGAAACUGUUGGCUUGGAUUCAGUUGAACUUACUUUUAAAGACCAGUAUAUGGGCCGAAGUGAAAUGUGGCGCUUGAAAAAUAGCCUGAUCAAUACUUGUAUUUAUCUGAACAAGAAGAUUGAAUUUUGUGGAGGCUACAUUCGUUGUCAAGUUUAUGAAAUGUGGUCCUUGGGGGUGCGAGUUGCUUGUGGUGUCAUAACGGAGAACACAAAAAUUGUCUUCAGGUCUUCAACAAGUAUGGUUUACUUGUUUCUGCAAAUGAGCUCUGAGAUGUGGGAUUUUGAUAUUCAUGGUGAUCUAUACUUCGAGAAAGCAGUCAAUGGAUUCCUUGCUGACUUGUUCCAUAAAUGGAAGAAACACGGAAGUAAUCAUGAAGUCACCAUUGUUCUUUUCUCAAGAACAUUUUAUAAAGCAAAUAGUCUAGAUGAAUUUCCUAAACACAUGAGGGAUUGCCUGCAGAAGGACUACAAAGGCCGAUUUUAUGAAGAUUUUUAUCGGGUUGCUGUCCAGAAUGAGAGGUAUGAUGACUGGGGUAGUACACUCGUCCAGCUGAGAAGGCUGUUUAUGGAUUACCAAAGGCUUGUCUUAGAAUACCACAAAAGACCAGGCAUUGAGAUACCCAAGGCAGUUAACUCUACCGCUGCGCAAGGAAAUUUCUUGGAAGUUCUGAACAUGUCUCUAAAUGUUUUUGAGAAGCAUUACCUAGACCGUAGCUUCGAACGCACUGGGCAGCUUUCUGUUGUCAUCACUCCUGGUGUUGGUGUGUUUGAGGUAGAUCGCCAACUCACCAACAUCACCAAACAACGUAUAAUUGAUAAUGGCGUUGGGAGUGAUCUUGUAUGUGUGGGAGAACAACCUCUUCAUGCUGUCCCAUUAUUGAAGUUCCACAACAAAGAUAUAUCUAUCAGUGCUGUGGAUAAUUACAGUAUGCCCCAUUGGAUAAACCUGAGUUUCUACUCAACCAACAAAAAGGUGGCGUAUUCAAAUUUUGUGCCCCGCAUAAAAUUGCCACCACGUCGUGUAAGAACACGAUCUCAGUCAUCUCAGUCUCAAUGUGCCCCAGGCGAUGGAAUUGCUCUCCCUACUACACCUACUACUCCAAAAACUAAGCUUGUUGAUGAAGAAUACUUUCCUGAGUCCCCAUUUGAUUAUGAUGCAUAUGAUCGCCAAGUUUUUCAGUUGCCUGCUCUUCAUACGACAAGAUUUUCUCGUCAACUGCAAAGGGCCUCUAGCCGCCAUAAGAAAGGAAGUGUUACUCUCGAUGGUGGAGUGAGCGUGAGCAUAACAGGAAACGGUAUGCAACACCACCCAAAAUCUCUUCGCCGUAAAAUAUCUGACCCAGAUAUUCAUCACAUCAACAAUGGAGAUGCAAUUCUUGUUGGGUCUCCCACGAAUGGGCACAGCCACAUGAUGACCAGUCCCAAGCUCAUCAGUGGAGGGCCUAGUGUGGGUCCAGCAAGCCCGUUGUCAACAUUGUUGGGGUCUUCUCCUGUUCUUGGGUCAUCUUUGACUCCACGGUCAGCAGCAAUCAGUAUACCCCAAAUUCGAUCGAACAACAGUUCCCCUCAACCGUCAUUGUCAGUCAAUGCAAAUGAUGGUGAAGGGUUUGUCGAUAUAGCUAAGGGAAAGCAUCGAGCAUUGGAAGAUUUGCUGGAAGGAGAGACAUCUCCUCCUUUGAGGGUCAUUGCUGGCAGUAUGGGUUCUCCCACAUCACCCAUUUCGCCUACAUCUCCACCUCAGAGCUCCACUGUUCUGAGGCCUGGCCGUGCUCUCAUAAAUCCAUUCGAUCCCUCUCAUGUGACCAUUAAGUUAACAUCCAAUAGGAGACGAUGGACACACAUCUUUCCCAAAGGACCAGAAGGUGUACUAAUACAGCAACACCACUACCAAGCUGUGCCAACAUUUACCUCCAAUGAAGAGCAAAAUUCAGUCCAGCUAGGUGGUCAGUCGCAGGGGAUGAAUGGUCAGUCACAUGAAGUGGUAUCAGUCCGCAGCACGUCCCCAAUCACAGAUUUGGGUUUAAAAUUUAACAGUAGAGGAGGAGGUAUGACAAGAUCAGCAUCUCAAAUAGCAUUUCAAGACCAUGUGCGAGGGAGAAAUUUGGGUAGGCCACAAAUGCCUGAGCGGAGUCAGCUACCAUGCCAAAUAGCCCCAUCGUCUAAUAAUAAGGCUUUACUGUGGGGCGCUACAGGAGAACAAGAGUGGACCCCAGCUUUAACCACAGUUGGAAAAAUAAUAAUAGGUGUGGAUUGGAAGUCGUUGACCAUAUCAGCGUGUCUGCCGAUAACAACUGAUUAUUUCCCUGACAAAAGAAGUCUCCAAAAUGAUUAUGUAGUUUCAGACUACUAUCUCUUACCUGACGAUGUAAAUGCAGAUUUUGCUCAACGCAGAGCAAUUUACAAGAAACCAUUGACUACCUCGGAGGUAUUCAGAGAACUAGUAUCUCAACGUUUGGCUCAGGGUUUUCAACUUAUAGUGCCCAAUAAAGAUGGUGUUCCAUCAGGGGCUGUUGGAACUGGUGUGAAGGUAGAGGCUCCAUCCACCCCAAGCUUGGUGGUCGGCCCUCGGACUACAGAUAUGGACCCAAGUGAAGAGUACCUAUUGAGUAUUGGCCGCGUAUUCCAUCGAAUUUCUUUGAAAGGAUCUUGUAUAACUGUCACACGCUACAGACCGAGGCAUCCAUAUCCUCCUUUUAACUUCAAGUACCAAUACCGUUUCCAAGCCCCUGACCAUGAGUCAUAUGAAGUAUCAUGGGUGUCUUUCUCUUCAGAGAAGUUGGAGAAUUACAAUUGGAACUAUGUAGACCAUUACAUUUGCACUCGAGGGGACACUGAUUUUGCUCUGGCUGAAGCAUUGAAGUAUUGGCGUUUCCGAGUCUAUUUGUUACCUGUGAAUCAAAUGGCAACAAGACGGAUAUUAGAGGGCUCAGAGCACUGUGAUAUCUAUGUGCCUCCCUCUAUUGAGGAUCAGUCACAGAUGGUGAAAAACUUCCUGCGUUUUAUUGAAACAUUUGUGAAUAGAAUUAAAAGACCAAAUGCUCACAAGAAACCUCGAGACCAAGUAUCCCUGCUGCCCUUGCAGUUGAGCCACCUGACUCGGCGCAGACAUAGCACCAGCCUGACUUUCCUUUCGCACAAUAGUAGUUCAGCUAACCAUGCAACUAACAUGUCUCAGCACUCAAGUAUUGUUGGUAAUUCUCCAUUCCGAGAACGUCUUGGUAGCAAUCGUCUACCAGACAAGCCCAGACCGAGAUCUGGAUCAAAGGUGCUGGAACGAGGACGUGCUUCACCUGCUGGAGAAGGUUCUAUUGAUCUCACUGGAAACAAUGAGCACCAAGAUUGGCUGGAAGAUGGCCUUGCCCAAACCGAACCUCGUCUUGGUCGCAAUGCUUCAACCAGUGAUAUUGUAGAUGCUAUGCGUAAUCCAAACACAGGCGUCGGCUUCCUUCAACACCACACUUCAGCCAUGACUUUUGUGAGUGCUGACGCUGUUCAGUGGCUUAUAAAACAUGUUGAAGGGGUUGUGAACCAGCAGGCAGCAGAACACGUACUUCAGAAAAUGCUGACUGACAAACUUAUUUGUCAUGCGUCAGGAGAUUUUAGCCACCCAUUAAGGAUUGGAUUCUAUCUAUACCACAUUGUGCCUGACUAUGAUCAACAGAAAGAUGGUGACUUUGGCUCUGCACCAUUAGGAGAUAUUCAGAGCUUUGAGAAUGAGUGGCUGGAAGUGGAAGUCAGACACCCAACUAACUGGGUGCAGUCCGCAACAGGAUCAAUUGACAAUGUACCUAAUUCUCCAACUUUGCCACCAACAUACCCACCACUAUCCCCACUCCCGAAAUUUUUACAUGACACAAUGGAAGAAAUGUGCCAAGGAGAUGGAGUUGCUCAGUAUAAAAAUAUUCAUUUGGAGAUUGAUGUUAAUGCUAAAAGUGACCGUGUGGAAUGGGGUCACUGUCGCUAUCAGUCACUUUUCCGUCCAGACAGGGCGUAUGAGUUGGUUGUUCAAUGGGUAGCAGCCUCUGGGCCCAUUGUGGCUGAAUUGAUAAUUGCAGGUUGGGCCAGAAAGGCAAUUAGUUGUAGCCUACAGAUGGUACCUAUUCCUGCAGAUCCCUUGGCCCUACCAUUCACUCAUAAAUCAGAUCCUUUGCGAGGCCCUGUAUUUGUACCCUUGGACACUGAGUGUUUGAUGGGAAGCAAAAGUUACCUGUUUCAAGAAUUUCCGGAAGACUCCUGGGCUCAGCGUCUCUUACUCUUCCAGGAGACUAUUGCAUUGAGGUUUGGCUUUAUUGCAUGUGCAAUGGAAAAUCGUGGAACAAGCCCUCAGGCAAACAGAAUGAAUCGUGCUGAUAAAGAACAGACGAGGCAUCAUCACCAGUAUGUUCACAUUACUGGUAAUAUGUUCCUACUAAUACCUUCACCCCCAUGUCAUCGCACUCAUGCUCAAGAUAUGAAUUCACAUGGCAAGUCGAGGCGGACCAUGGGGCGUCAGCCGACUGUGGAAUAUCCAACUCAUCAUGAUAUGGUGUCCAGUCCCCAUGAAGAAUACAUAACUAGGCAUGUCUGUGGAAACAACAGCCAAGAUGAAUAUGGACCAGAUCGCAAGAUUGGAUUCCUUUGGUCUUGGAAUCACAUGCUUACACGCCGAUGGAAAGGGCCAAACAGUGCCACAGGAGAUGAACAGUUUCAAAACAAAAUGCUCAAAGAUUUCCGAGAAUUCUGUAGCAACCAGAACAACAGGCUGCUGAACUUCUGGGACCAAUGCUGGAUAAUUCGAGAUCAACAUGAACAGCAGCAAACAAACGGUUCAGCCACACAGCAACUGGAUCUACCCACUUCCUGUGAUGGAGCCCCCAACGGGAAUUUUUUGAGUUCUAGUGGGUUUUCAGUUUCUUCAACUUUAGAGGAGGUACCUGAGAAAAACUGAUUCUGUUGUGUAAAUGUUUCUUUUUACCAGUUUUUUUCUGCUAAAACUCUUUUUUUAUAAGACUGCUGGAUUCUUUGACCCACUAUGCCAAUUUUCUACUAGCGUGUGUCAUGUUGUUUGUAAUUAGGAUUGAAGUACCACCCUUUGAUCUGAUUGUUACUAAAUAGUUUUAUGUAACUGGACUGCAGGUAUUCUGUGUGUACUGGAUAUUGCUUCUGUGAUUAAGUACUAUGUUAAUUAAAUGUGAUAAUACAGGCAUAGUUUUAUGAGACCAGCUGGUAUGGUAACUGUUUGUUAAUUAUUAUUUCAAUAAAUUUUAUACUGUAUCUAGGUUUUGAUUUUACCUAGUCAAUCGUUUUGUUAUUAGUUCAAAACAAUGGUGAGGAUGCUAAUCAGUUCAGACGAAUGUCCUUUCCGUAAUGCUAAUUCAUGUGAUGGUUUUUAUAGCAAGAAGAGAGAACAAUGAUUGUUUUUUUCUACGUUAUGCAUUUAUACUUCUUGUCAAGAUACCUAGUUGUUAGUGCACUCGUCGUUGAAUUAAGGUGACCUAUCGGCGAUGUAUUGUUAUCUCUGAACUGACUUUUGUUGCAUGAAGUUUCGAAUAAAUGCAAUUUUUGACGGA